AACCCAGGGUUUUGUUCUCACUGGUUACUCUUGUGACCAUUUUCUCAGCAACCAAACACCUUUGACAAAAAAAUAAAAAAUAAAAAAACACCUCAUACAAUCUUCAAUCGCCUUCUAAUCAAAAUCCGUUCAUUGUUUCGUCUGGAAGAUUUAAUUUUCGAUUCAAGGUUGUGCAGGCUCUAAAUUGAACUAUUUUACAGUCAUGGCCACCGAAGAGCCAAGAGACCCGUUCAAAGGGGUGGAUUGGAAAGCUGUAGGCAAUGACAUGCAGAAGGACCCCGGUGUUAAACCAGGGAUAAAGAAGCGGCUUCCCAGAAAGAUUAGGCAGAUUCCAGAUUGCUAUUUUCUUCCUCGAAGAUCCCUACCCUACAACAUUGCGUUUUUUGGAGCAUGCAUUGCUGGUGGAAUUGGUGCUGGCAUGCUUUUGGAGGUCUGGAUAAACAAGAAAGUUAGAGAGGAUGGAGGCGUCAUAUGGGAGUUCGACAAAAAAUAGCCUUAGAUGGAUGGAAUUGUUCAAUGUGACGGCAUUAAAAACAUCCCGCCUUCUUUCUGUACCUCUUCUCUUUCGGAAUUUUCUUUAAGUCGGCAUAGGCUGUGAAGCCAUUGGAAUUCGGUUUCUACGCCGAUGUUUGCUCUUGAAAUUUUUGUGUAACGACUAAUGAAUGAGCAUACGAUGUUGUUCUCACAGCCUCUUUCGGUUUGUUUCUUACAAUGUUCUGCAUGCUAUGAUUCGGAUUUAUAUAACGGAGAAUGAACCGAGGGGCAAUACACUUGGGCCUGAGAUGGGCCGAGUCUGGACACCUCCCAUGCAUUGGCCGGAAAACCGAUUGUGAGUCUGUGCCAUGUUUUGGGCUAUGAUUCUUUCAGCAUUCACCAAGUAAUAGUUGAUUUAGUGACACAAAAUCUCAAUUUUUUCGUGGUGA